AUGCAAAUCCCACAAACAGUAAAGGAGGUGCAACGCCUGGCCGGACGGCUGGUCUCACUGUCCUGGUUUAUCCCCAGAAACAUACUUUUAGUUGCCUCUGCAGGGAAUGAUGGACCAACUCCAGGAUCUGUUGUCAAUGUGGCUCCUUGGGUCUUCACAAUUGCUGCUAGCACAAUAGACAGAGAUUUUACUAGUACUUUAACCAUUGCUAAUGGUAACAAUAAUCAACAAAUCACGGGAGCGAGUCUGUUUGUGAAUUUGCCACCCAAUCAGGCCUUUUCUCUGAUCCUUGCCACCGAUGCUAAGCUUUCUAAUGCCACAUUUCGAGACGCUCAACUUUGUAGGCGUGGAACACUUGAUCCUAGAAAAGUACAUGGAAAAAUAGUGUCAUGUGUUCGAGAAGGAAAAAUAAAAUCAGUCGGUGAGGGUCAGGAGGCUCUAUCUGCAGGCGCCAAGGGAAUGAUUUUGGACAAUCAACAACAAAGUGGGAAUACACUUCUUGCUGAGCCUCAUCAAGAACAUUGUUUGGAAGCUGCUAUUGACCAAGCCAUAGAUGAUGGUGUUGAUAUAAUCAAUCUUUCGGCUGGUGGCAGUUAUGUUGUCACUCCUGAAGGAAUAUUCACGGAUGAGGUUUCCAUUGGGGCAUUCCAUGCAAUUGCUAGAAACAUACUUUUAGUUGCCUCUGCAGGGAAUGAUGGACCAACUCCAGGAUCUGUUGUCAAUGUGGCUCCUUGGGUCUUCACAAUUGCUGCUAGCACAAUAGACAGAGAUUUUAGUAGUACUUUAACCAUUGUUAAUGGUAACAAUAAUCAACAAAUCACGGGGGCGAGUCUUUUUGUGAAUUUGCCACCCAAUCAGGCCUUUUCUUUGAUCCUUUCCAUUGAUGCAAAACUUGCUAAUGCGACAUUUAAAGAUGCUCAACUUUGUAGGCCUGGAACACUUGAUCCCACAAAAGUAAAUGGCAAAAUAGUGUCAUGCACUCGUGAAGGAAAAAUAAAAUCAGUUGCCGAGGGUCAGGAAGCUCUAUCUGCGGGCGCCAGAGGAAUGGUUUUGGGCAAUCAAAAUCAAAAUGGGAGGACACUUCUUGCUGAGCCUCAUGUUCUCUCUACUGUGACCCGACUUGCAAUUUAUGCAAAUACAACGCCGAGUGCUUUUCACAGAACUGCCACGGACGACCCUAUAAGCUCAGGUGCAACAAUAAAAAUCUCUGGAGCAAGAACACUCCUUGGGAGAAGGCCAGCUCCAGUUAUGGCUUCAUUCUCAUCUAGAGGACCCAAUUUGAUUCAGCCAUCAAUACUCAAGGUGCUACACAUAAUUAUUACUAUUAAUAUUGGAUUUGUAAUAUAUCGACCAUAUAUAUGUAUAUUAAGACUUGCCGCCAUAACCACCAGCCAUCAAGAAAACACAAGGAAACGGAAACGAGGAGCAAGCAAAGACGAGACGUGCGCAAGAAGCUGA